AUAGGCAAAAUGUUUAGACAUGACUCACGAAAUCUCGCUUGUUGUCUUUUGUCAUAGUUUUGUGUUCUACUGCUCUGUGUUCCGAAUCUAUGCACAAACAAGGUUGGAGCCAGAGAAGCCGUUAUUAAAUCAGGUUUGAGUGAAUACUGCAGUAUGAUGAGAAUGAUAAAAAAAUGAUAAAAGUGGUAACAUGAUAUAGAAUAACAAUUUUAUUAGACAUUUUAAUACUAGUAGUAACAAUAGUGACACUUUGAUUCCUCAUUAAUGUGAAGAAAAAUCACGAAAAUCACUACUCAAUAAUAAUAAUAAUAAGAGUAGUAAUAAUAAAAUUAAUAAUUAUGGUGAUUGAAAUGUUUAUUAUUCAGAAUAUAAUAAUACCAGUCUUUAUCACAAAAGAUUUUAAUCAUGUACAAUAAUAUAAUCCAGAAAUUGAAUCCAUGUUAAAAACUAUGCAAUAAAAGUAGAGCUGAUAAAAUCUAAAAUUUCACAAUCAGAUUAUUCCCUCUAUUGUCUGGACAUCAAAAUCAGCAUUCCUUGCAUCACGGGGGGUCUCAUUUCUCCUGAACACCUCAAGCAGAUGAGGGUGGAUCUUAAAAGAGUAAAGGAUGUUUUUGUCCCAAUCCAGGAGAUCAUCUUUGCAUGUGGCUCUCUUCUUUAAAGCCGUCAGCUUUGCAAGGAAUUUUUUUGUCUGGUGAUUUUUGUAAUGUUAAACAUUGGAGAAGACCUAAUGCAGUGUUUUGAUAAUAACCAUUGGCAUAUGGCCACCCCCCGGUUAGCUCAAUUGGUUAGAGCGCCAGAUUGUGUUGUGCUGGAGGUCCACAUCAGCAAAAAUUGCUGCCACAAACUCAACCUGCUCAAACAAACAAAGAUAGAUGAAUGAAUGAAUGCAUUGCAAGAAAACCUCCCACACCACCAAUCUUUGGGGAAAUUUGUCCAGUCUUGGUUCUGUAUCAUAGAAAGACAACUUUGUACCACCUGGUACAACUGAAACCAAGCAAAAGUUAUGAAUUGCGAGUGUCAUACCCUUCAACGACCCCAACAGAUUUUUAUAUCCGGGUGAUUCCUCGUGAAGCUCUACAUGGCAGAAAAACAAGGAAAAUCUUAAAUAUUGAAAAACUAGUGUUUGAUAAUGGGUUAAAGGAGCAAUAUGCAAAUGUCACAGCAGUCAGAACUGGACUUCCUUAUAAUCCUGCAAGUUUAGCUGAGCCUGUAGUUUACAAUAUAGUGCUUGAAGAACUUUUAUUGGGAAUUCCUUGGCAUACAUGGAGGCUCGGUGUUCUUGUUCUUCUUAUUGUGUACAUAGCCUUCAAAUAUCUUGUUCCUUGCUUCCUUUUGUAUAUUGAAGAAAAUUUAAGAAUAUAUGACAAAAGAUAACUGUUGUGUGCAAUAAAUUCUACUGAUUCUGUCUGAUCACUGAUUAUC